AUGAAUUCUAUACAGCCUUAUCUUGACAGAAAUUCUGCUAUCCCCAUUCAAACUCACUGCACUCUUCCUAACUCUGUGAUCACUUUGGAGACCCCUCCUGGUAUUACUGCUUACAGAAGACAGUACCCUGUUCCAGUUGCUUAUCAAAGCAUAUUACGUGAACAGGUACAAAAGUGGUUGAAUGAUGGUGUAAUAGAAUUAGCUGCACCCAAUACAGAAUGGAAUUCACCCAUUUUAUUUGUGAAAAAGAAAGAUGCUCAAGGAAACUAUACUAACGACGUUCGUCCAUGUAUUGAUCCUCGGCAUGUAAACAGGUUACUAGUCAAAGUAGAUCGUUUUCCCUUACCUUUGAUUAACGAAAUGUUCGCUAAGAUGGGUAACGCUAAAUGGUUUACUACACUUGACUUAAAACAAGCCUUCCAUUCGCUUUCUUGUUAA